UCUGCCGCCCCUUCCGUUAUUAUCGAACCGGAGAAAAAUGUGAUUUUGCGGCGUUGAGAACGUUCCAUAUAAUUAAACUGAACGGCGGUAUUUGUAUUUUGAUUCAUCAUUACUAAUUUUUAAUUUGCCGCCAAUAUGCCUGUUCAUUCUCGAGAUAAGAAAGAAAGCAAUCACGAUGAUAUGGACGUCGACUACCCGGAGAAUGAAGGCAGCAGUUCCGAUGAUGAGGACUCGGAGAGCUCUUCUGUGUCAGAGGAUGGGGACAGUUCAGAAAUGGACGAUGAAGAUUGUGAAAGGAGAAGGACAGAGUGCUUAGAUGAAAUGUCCAAUUUGGAGAAACAGUUUACAGAUCUAAAAGAACAGUUAUACAGGGAAAGAUUAAGCCAAGUAGAAGCGAAGCUUGAAGAAGUUAUAGCAGGAAAGGCUCCUGAAUAUUUGGAACCAUUAGCGGCCUUGCAAGAGAAUAUGCAAAUUCGAACAAAAGUUGCAGGUAUCUAUAGGGAGCUCUGUUUAAAAACUGUAAAGAACCAAUAUGAAUGUGAGGUACAGGCUGCAUUCCAACACUGGGAGAGUGAGAAGUUGCUUCUAUAUGAUACUGUACAGAGUGAACUGGAGGAGAGAAUACGGAGACUUGAAGAAGAUAGGCACAGCAUUGAUAUCACAUCAGAGUUAUGGAAUGAUGAACUACAAUCCAGAAAAAACAAGAGGAAAGAUCCAUUUAGUCCAGACAAAAAGAAAAAGCCUGUAGUUGUCUCUGGUCCUUAUGUAGUUUACAUGUUACAAGACCUUGAUAUUCUUGAAGACUGGACAACAAUUAGGAAAGCAAUGGCAACACUUGGGCCACACAGAGUAAAGACAGAUGCAUCCACCAAGACAGAGAAACAGCUUCACAGUGCCAGAUCAGAAGAUGGCAGGUUAUUUUAUGAUGGGGAAUGGUACAGCCGUGGGCAGACUAUAUGUAUUGACAAGAAAGAUGAAUAUCCUAUAAGUGCCACAAUAACAACCAUCAACAAUGAUGAAGUUUGGUUUAAGAGAAUUGACAGCAGCAAGUCAAAACUUUACAUUUCUCAGCUGCAAAAAGGAAAAUACACCAUCAAACAUAUGUAGCUUCAUAAUUUUUGUGUCAGAUAUUUUUUUUAAAUGAGCUUUUUUUAUAUGUACAACAAUGAAGGUGCUUUGACAUCAAAGUUAUUGAUAAUGAAAUACAGUUAAUUCAAUUUAUUGAAAUAUUUGGCUAUUAAAUGUGUUUAGUCGUAACUGGCAAGGAAAAGUUACUUGAAUGAAAAUACUUUAUAUAAUGUCACUUUACUGGUUUACUAUUUUUCAUUGUGCAUUUUCUACUUUACUCAUUAUGAAAACUAUGAUAUUUUUUGUUUAUGAACUGUAUACUGUUGAAAUCUAUUCCUCCCCUUUGCCAUUUGGUUCAAAUGAGUGGAUGGACUUUGCCAAUUUUGUGACGUCUGCCUCGAGGUGCUUGAUUCAAGCCAUGCCUAAGACACAUAAACUGCCCAAACAAUGGACAUGCACAUUGACUUCUUAAAUUUGGGAGAAUCAACCAGCAUAUAGUUUGACAUUGUGUUUCCUGACACUAUAUUCUGUGAGCUUCUGACACCAUCAUAUUCAACUAAUUGUGGUAUCCAAUGCUACCAGGUAAAAUAUCUGCUAUUCUUCAAAAUGUUUCCAUUUUGUAAUCCAUUAUCUUGGUGGCCAUUGUGGUUGUUUCUGUGGAAUGGAGCAAAAUAUUAUAUACCUAGAAUAAAUUUGAAAAUGCUGCAAUAUUGACAGUAGACCUAAAGUAUAGAAUGUUUAAAAGAAAAUUAGUCAUUUCACUUUCACAUCUGAAUCUUGAGCUUUGCAAAUGUAAAUACAAGUGGGUCAUUUGGUUGUCACCUGAACAUGCAGACUUUAAAUAAUUGAAUUAUUUAGAUUAUUGUAAUGAUUUUUGACAUAAGCACUUUUGCUAAUGCUAACCUUGGUUGAUUGCAUUAUGUUUUUAAACAGGUGAUGCAAUUACACUUAUGGACUCUAAUUUUAUGAAACUAGACUGAACUUGUUGCCUUCUGUUUUGUAUAAAGGCAGUGAAAUUGAGUAAAAUGCUUAUUUUGGAAUGUGGUUUCAUAUAAACAGUGAUUUUAGUUAAAUGAAUAAUUGGUAUGUAAUGUUAGAAGUUUUGUAAUUUUUGCUAGAUGGUGCAUUCUAGAACAUCUGGUGAAUUUAGAAAGGCUCUUUACAGAUGUAAUGUGUCGAGCACAGUGUGAAUAUUGGAAUAGAGCAAUUUAUGAUAUGGCCUAUUUCAAUUAUUCUCUCAGUCCAUACAGUAUAUCAUACAUUUAACAAAUUAUGUUUCAUACCAAGAUAACUACUGAUUAGGUAACAAAGUCUUGUCUUUAUAAAUAUAUCAUGGCUUCUAAUGAAUGUUACCUUUUUUUUUUGGAUACGUCUUUGAAUAAAACGAACACAGAGUUAUAUUAGCCAAAUACAAAUCACUCUUGAAUAGUCAAUAUAGCCAUUUCAUUUUCAUUUAGGCAGGGUGUUGGCUUGCUGGUUUGAGAAGCACCUGGUUUUGAUUCUAUGUAAUAUUGUAUCAUGAAUUUACAAUUUGUAUACAUUCCUUGGUUCGUGUGCCUGUUGAGAUAGCAAUUAUUUUGCAUGAAGAUUCUUUUCUAAUUUGCAAAUGAUCAUGAACAGACGUUUUGUUAUAAACUAUGUGAAUCAUACCAAUAAAAGCAUUUUUCAGAUUGUC